GCUGGCAUUCCUGCAGAAGCACAGUUGUCCUGUUCUUGUGGUAUCCAGUGGGCUUUCAUUUGACUUCUAAUCAUGUCUGCUCACUUUUGUUUAGCUUUACUGGCUCUCUCCUCUCUGACUGCUGCAUCUGAUCCAGGCUGUGAAGAGCUGAUUAAACCUCUGGAGGAUCGAAGCCAGGUUUCUGGAAAAUGGAUAUUCCAUGCUGGAACAGCAGACAAUACAGAGCUUUUGAAGGAACUUAAAACUAUCAACAGCUCCUGGAUGGAACUCUCACCCUCAUCUGAUACUGACAAUAUGACCCUGCACUGGGGAGACAAAGUCGAUGGGAAAUGUCAUUAUGGAGGUGCUAAUUUUACCUUCUCGGAAAAUUCCACCAAGGUGACAUUUAACUUUAAGUCCUCCACUCAUGAGCAUGUUGGGAAGCACCUGGUGACGUGCCCUGACUGCGUCGUCUGGACAGACAACUCAGUGAGGCUGUACAAUGGGGAAACCAGAAAAGGCAGACACCUCUUCCUCUUCACAAAGUCUGGGGAGCUGGAUGCCUCUCAUCUGGACGUUUUCAAGAAGCAGGCUGCAUGCCUCAACUUCCCACCAGAUUUCCACUUUGGAGGAACCACAGACCUGUGUCCUGGGGAGAAGGAGGCUGCCACAGAUGUAAAGGAAGAUGAACAAUAGAGAAAACGCAUGUUGAUGGGGCUGUUGUCACCUAUCGUUAACCUCAAAUCUAUCCUGAGACUUCAUGAGUUAAAUUUGUAUUCAAGUAGACUCUCUUAGACGCACAUAAACUCCCAGUACCACUUGUGUGUACCACAGAUGUCUUGAUAGAUGUGAAGAAAACAAUUUUUUCACCCUGCAGGGGGUUUAAUGUCAGACAUCAGGGACUCUAUAGUUUUUAAGUUUGUGUCUACCAUGUAAAAACAAAGAGCUACUCAGCCUGUUGAGGUUAUUCGUAGUGCCAGACUAUUUCUUGUAGAUGCCUUUUACUGUAUUAAAGAGAACUGCAUAUAAAGCUUAACAAAAGGAGUUACUGUGUGUUUGCAUGCUUCUACUUUGCAUUAAAUGCAAUCUAUGCGUAUGCUCUGGCUCUGACACUGCCCUGUAACUUCCAGUGAGCCUCCUGUGAUUUCUGCAAAACACUGGCCAACAGGUACUGGAAAAAAGUGUGAGUUUGUAUGACAGAGCAACUGUUAAGGACUGCGACUAAAAUGUGUGUUGGGGGAGUUAAAGAAGGAAAUACGAAGCAGGCCUGUGGACUGGCUGAUUGUUUCAUUCAUGCCUAUUCCUCUUUUACCGCAACACUAGUCUUUUCAUGUUGCCUACUUGUCGCAGUGCCCCUGGUAGGAUGGAGAGCAACAGUUAUACAAGGAUGUGAGAAACCUCUGCUAGGAUUCAGCCCUUCCAAAGUUUUUUUUUUUUUUCUUUUGCACUGCAAAGCAACAAAAGAUGUGGCUUUUUGCAUUCUA